CACCUGCCACAGCUGGUGGUGGACUGCCGGAGCACCUCGCUCUCUCUCUGCCUCUACAGGUUGGUGUCUGACUGGCGAUGACUCAAUGAAAUACAGCACUAAGCUGCGACUGCCAGACCCUCCCCUGUAGUCUCCCCCUUUGCUGUUCCCAGCCGCUGCAACUGGAAGCGUAUAGAGAGAAGAGAGCAGAAGAGCAGCUGCUGGACCGAUGGAGAAGAAGCAGGGAUCUUCUCAUCAGUACGGUUCACUGGAGCGCACUGAAUGGAGCAGAGGCACCAACAAACCAGAGGACGAUGUGGUGUCCAUGGCAGACUCCACCAUCACCGUGGACGACAUUGAGGGGGAGCUUUUCAAGAUUGAGAGGAUCAGGGACGUCCUGGUCAGGAGGGAGUCAGAGCUCAGAUACAUGAUGGAUGACAUUCAGCUGUGCAAGGAGAUCACGCGUCUGAAGAAGGAGCUGCAGAAAUUAGUGUCCAUACCAGAUAAUGACAAGUCCAACGAGGACCGGCAGAAGGAGGAAGAACUACUGCAGCAGAUCCACAAGCUGGUCGAGACCAGAGAUUUCCUGGUGGACGAUGUGGAGUUUGAACGACUCAGGGAGAAAGAGGAAGAUAAAGAAAUGGCAGAGUUUCUGAAGUCCAAAUUCCCAAGAAAUAUGAAGAAGAAAGGUGUACCAAGCAGACGGGUGCCACCCAGGGCUCAGCAGACCUCUUCUCCCUUCGCCAAGACAGGCCUCACCCUGCUGAGGGAGUGCUGUGGCUUCACAUGCUCCAUCAUGUAGACUGCAAUCAAAAUGGAUGGGCCCCACUGCAGGGCUGACACAGAGGACCACAAACCAAAAUUGGCCUCUCCGCAAGAGUCAGUAUUUCCAGUUUCAGCUUUUAAGUUCAAGACAGACUUUGAAGCAUGGAUAGAGCAGUACCGAUGCAAGUUAAGAAUUUCUAAGCCGAAGAGCAAAAGGAUGUCACAAAGAUCAUGUGGUGUGUUUUCCAUGCCAAUAUUCGAGUUUGUCUCAUGUUGGAUCAUAUUUGUCUCUUUCGUUGGAUUUAGUGUCUAGUUUUGUUUCUGUCUCUGCUCUAUGUGUCUCUCAUCCCACUCCUGUUUUUUUAUUUUUACUCUCGUUAAUCACUGCUCAGCCAUCUUCUUCUUCUUAUUAACAGCUUCUAGAAGGAACAACCCAACAUAUGGUAUUUAUUUCUCUUUUUCAGGCUGAGAGGAUAGGGUUUUAAGGACAGAAACAGCAUAGCACAAGUCAGGCAUGUAUUGUGUACACACUAAUUGGACUCAACUACCAUGACACGCCUACAAGUUUUAUAUUUAAAGACUUCUCUGAGCUAUGAAAACUGUCAUCCCCUCAUUAAAAAAGUAGCUGUUUUGUUGGAGUCAGCAGGGCAGUCUAGACACACUGCUGGUACUUCAUAAUCGGCAUUAAGGAGAUAACACUAAUGAAACUGACAUUAAUCAGGAGCUGUUAGGAUAAAGUUGCCUGUGAUUUGACACCUGAUCUAAAUGGACACAACCUUUGAAAAAGUGGAUGUUUGAAAAGAAACAACGGAUGUCUCAUUGUGCUCUGUUUUUCUUUAAAGGAGCUCUAUAUAAUAUUCAGAGCAUUAGAGCAGCAAACCACUGUUCACAAAGUAAAGAUAGAGUGGAAUAUCGGCGUCCUGAGCACAGAAUGAAGUCACGGUCCCUUUGUAUUUGUUGUAUCCACGCUUUUCUGUUCUUUGUUGUGGUGGCCGGUCUGGCUGCGUGUGCAUGUUAGUGCAUGUCUGUUCUUGUUUAUUUCACUGGCAAACUCUUUGCCACCAUUCUGCACUGCACUCAUAUGGUGGUUACAGCUGAUAUCGGGACGGUAUCAUAGUGGAAGUGUAGCACCCACCCUCUGGAUCCCUAGUAAAGACUGUUUGCUCAAUCAACACUGUUGCUGUUGUUAGCGCUGUUUGUUGUGUUAGCACCGUUAGCUGGUCGCUGCCAGCUCAGCCACUGCCAUGUUGAGAGCCAUGUGCAGACAACCUCUGAAUCAUAGAUAUGCUCUGAAUAUCAUAUAGAAUCAUUCUUAGUCCAUUUUGAUUAUUUUCUAUCAUUCAUAUACAUGUUUUGACAAAUGAAAUGGAUCGUCAUGCAGCUGACACUGCAGACCACUAGACCUAACACACUCUAGUGGAAGACAGCCACUAAGCCUCACUUGACAGUGUUUUGAGUAGGUACUUUAUGUCUCAUAUUAAUAUACUGGCCAGGGGCAAAACUCUUCAGUCCAUUUCCACUAUAGAUAAGCAUUAUUGGUUACCACCCUCUAAUUUAUCAGUUUAAAUGGCCUGAGUAUUUACCUAUAGAAUGUGUAAGGCUCUUGAAUAGCCAAUGGCCCAGGCAUCCAUUACACUGGGCACGGGGAUGUGGUGGCCAAUCAAACUACAGAGUACAUCUGUGUUGCCAAGAGGAAUAGUCGCCAUAGCAACCUUGUAUACCCCAUAUCUUUACAAUGAGACAGUGAGGAAGGUUGGAUGGAUUGGAGAGAUGAGACCUCACAGAUGUGACAAAAACAAAUGCUCGAGCGCUAUCAAGGCUACCUAAUGAAAGGUAACCAGGAGACAGAAUAAUGUUACUGUUGUGAUUUUGGUGAUUUUCAUGUUUUGGAUUCACUCUGGGGAUAACACAGCCUACUUAGCAUUCCAAAAAAUGGAUCAUAAUUGAACCUCUCUCUAGAAGAAACAAGAUUGGAGAUGAACACACAGCUGCUUUGCUUGACUGGAAAGUAGACAAACACAGUUUUUACAGCAGAUGAAAUUGAGCGUGAAUCAUUAUGGAUUAUAUAUUUCUCAGUUUUUCCAGUUUGUAUCUUUUCACUGUUUGACAGAGCAUUCUCUUGUAUGUUUAUUCCCAUCCAGUCCUUGGGAUUGAUACAGCUGUCUCUUUUGUUCAAUCACUGGAUCUCUUGAUAUUCAGUCUCUCAACACUGUCAUAGAAGCUUUGGGUCACAUAUCACCCAGCAACCAUGUGUGGUGCUGUCAUGGAGGUCCACAGGGGAAUGAGAUGUGUGCCAGUACUGUUGAAAUAGCAGCCAUGGUAGGAAAAGUAGCAGGAAAGGAUUUCAUCCUCUUAUAUAUGUGAGUUCAAAUAAACACAAGAAAUUUCUGCUCUAGUGUUUAUUUGAACUCACGUAAGAGGAUGAAAUCCUUUCCUGCUACUUUUAAACCAUUUUGCCAAAAACAGAACUACUAUAUUUGUAACAUAAGGGUGUUUUUUCUCUUUCUAAAGACAGUGAUUGUGCUAACUUACAGUACGAAUGUCUGGGAAAUACAAUAGCUAUCACCUGAAGCAAAGUAAUCAGUAUACAGAAAUUAACUACACUAUGGGUAUGUUCCCAAGGUUGAGCAGCAUAGUGAAUAAAUAUAGCUCUUUGCCUUGACAAGGACAUUAAUCCAAUCAGUAAUUAUUAUUUGGUGUGGGGACUUUAAGUGUUUGAUAUGUUUCUGUUCUUCAGUGUUCACAUUUAGACAUGAAACCAGCUGCUCACACUGGCUGGAGGGUGUGUUACAUCCCCUGACUGUGCUCUGCACAAGUCAACCGAGGAUUUAAGAAUUUUUUUGAGGAAAAUUCUUAGAGACAUGAAACAGACACAUGGUCUCUUAGGAGAGAUGCAGUGUCGCAGGAGAGGCAGUUAGAGAGAGAAAAUGAUAUAAGGAGAGAAGCUGAAGCUGAAAGCAGGGGAGUUAAAGAAAAAGAGAAAGAAAGAGAGAGAGUGGGAGGGCACAAAGUUAGGGGGGGUCUAAUCUUCAGUGUGAGUCAUCCUUUGCGAAAACACUGCGAGUUCCCACAAGGGCAGCUCUCGGUGAACGCUACAUGAAAAGGGCACAGCUGUCAUUCAAACACCAUAAUCCUGUACGCCGUCUGCACAACUCAGUGUGCGUAAGAGGACACAGUACAAUGUGUUUGUAUACAUGAGUGUGAUGAGUAAAUAAAUGAGAAAGAAAAUAUGUGUACCUGUGCUCGUUAGUGUGCCAAGGAACAGGAGGAUGAUAACGAGAGGUACAAUAGCUGUCACUGCUUUGUUACUAUGGUUACUGUGACUUGAUGGCAUACUCUCACUUCUUGUAUCAUUUCGUCAUGUCAUGUAAUAAACUCUGUUGAAUUGUGAUGCAAGGCUGCAUGUGUUGAAAUUGCCAGAAGACUAUAAGGACCUGUUUUUAUAAUGUUCGGGGUACAGGGUUCUUAAAUGUUCCAGUUAAAGCUGCAAAUGAAAUAAAUGACACAUUAUCUCAA